AUGGUAAAGGAUUACAGAGGUGCUGUACUGUUUAUUUGUGUCAACAUGAACAAUUUCUCUGAAGUCACAUCUAUUAAUCUAUCUGCUUACUAUGGGAUGGGUGAUCUGAAGCCAUUGUACUUCUGCAUUUUCUUAAUUGUAUACAUUACCAUUAUCUUUGAAAAUGUAGUUAUUCUCGGAUUGGUUUAUCGUGAAAAGUCUUUGCAUGAGCCGAUGUAUUUAUUACUGUGUAACUUGGCAGUGAAUGGUCUGUAUGGAGGUACAGCUUUACUGCCAGCAAUGCUCAGCAAACUGCUGUCGCACUCGUAUGAGAUAUCUGUACCGCUUUGUCAGACACAGAUCUAUGCUGUGCACACGUAUGCCAUCACUGAAUUUACAAUUCUUGCAGCGAUGAGUUAUGACAGGUAUGUGGCUAUUUGUUAUCCCCUGCUUUAUCAUACCAUCAUGCCACAGAGAGUUGUUAAACUCAUUGUUUUCACCUGGCUUUACCCUUUUCUUGCCUUUCUCAUUGUUUUAAUUUUCACUCUUCAGUUGAGGUUUUGUGAAAGAACAAUAGAAAAGGUAUACUGCAUGAAUUACUUAUUAGUGAAACUUGCCUGUACUGACACAUCUAUUGCCAACAUAGUUGGCCUGCUAUCUGUAGCUCUGUAUACACUUCCACAGAUUGCUAUCAUUUUUUAUUCCUAUGGACACAUUCUGAGAAUAUGUGUAAUGUCAGUUAGAGGAUCUAAUGUUAAAGCCCUCCGUACCUGCACCCCCCACCUCUUAGCAGUAUCAAACUAUUCAAUUGGGUGCUUUAUCGAAAUAGCACAAAGUCGAUUUAACAUCCGUCACCUGCCUUACCAAACAAAGUUGUUUUUAUCUAUUUAUUUUUUGAUUUUCCCACCCAUUCUUAAUCCAGCCAUUUAUGUCCUGAGUAUUCAGCACAUAAGGGUUCGUCUGUUUAGGAUAUUCAGCAGAAAUAAAAGGACAGGACCUCAGUAG